AUGAUGGAGGAGGACCGGAGUCACAUGACCGAGAGGAUACUAAACCUCACCCUGGAGAUCAUCUACCUGCUGACCGGAGAGAGAUGUCCCCGCCCUCUGUAUUCCCGGGACUCCACCCAGGAAGGUCUCACCAUCCCCCACCAUGAUCAGGUAGAUGGUUACCAAAUAUUGGCAGCUAAGAUUUAUACACAAGUGUCUUUUGUUACAAUGAAUGUCUUAUUUUAUAUUCAGAGUGGAGACUUCGGGGAUUUUGAUAUUGUUGUUAAGGAAGAGUAUAAAGAGGAGGACGAGGAGUACGGUGUGAUGGAGGAGCUUUCUGAAGGACACAUGGACAUUAUGAUGAAGCCUAGUAAGAGGAACCCACCAGAGAGAUGUCCCCGCCCUCUGUAUUCCCGGGAUCCCACCCAGGAAGAUCUCACCAUCCCCCUCCAUGAUCAGGGUGAAGAUCUGAUGAAGAUGAAAGUUGAGGGUGAAGUAGAAGAGACGUAUGUGAGGGAUGAUCAGCGAUAUACGGAGGAGGCCGGGAUGAGGAGGACGUCCAUAGAGGAGGACACGCCUACAGAGAUCAGCACAGGACACGCCAUGGAGGAACCCUCAAAGGAUCGUCUGACUUUAUCUCCAGGUUGUAAGAUGGAAGAUGAGGACAUCACAGCAGAUUGUGCGGGAGAAGAGACAAUGAGCUCAGCUAUGGAUGGUGGACGUCACAGUGUGGAGAGACCAUGGAAUCCCUCUGACUCUGAGCGACCUCGUCCUGUGGGGGAUGGUGCCGGAAUUCAGGGGGAGGAGACAUUUUCCUGUCCUGAGUGCGGGGAAGGUUUUAGCUCUGAAUUACGUCUUUUUGAACAUCAGAGGUCUCACACGGGUGAGAAGAUUCAUUCCUGUUCCGAGUGCGGGAAAAGUUUCCUCUAUGAAUCAGAACUCAUCAAACAUUACAGGUCCCACACAGGUGAGAAGCCGUAUUCCUGUCCUGAGUGUGAGCAAUGUUUUUCACAGAAGUUCAAUCUUAACAGACAUCAGAAAUCACACACAGGAGAGAAGCCAUGUUCAUGCCCUGAGUGCGGGAAAUGUUGUCUCCAAAAAUCGGAGCUCGCCAUACAUUACAGUUCUCACACAGGUGAGAAGCCCCAUUCCUGUGCUGAAUGCGAGAAAUGUUUUUUUCAAAGGUCGGCACUAGUCAGACAUCAGAGAUCACAUACGGGAGAGAAGCCGUAUUCCUGUCCUGAGUGCGGGGAACGUUUUUCAGCGAGAUCCAAACUAGCUCAACAUCAAAGAUCUCACACGGGGGAGAAGUUGUAUUCCUGCCCUGAGUGCGGGAAAUAUUUUUCGGAUAACUUCAGUCUCUGCAGACACCAGAGGUUGCACACAGGCGAGAAACCGUAUUGCUGUCCCGAGUGUGGAAAACGUUAUACACAGAAAUCAGACUUUCUGAUACAUCAAAGAUAUCACACACGGGAGAAGCCGUAUUCCUGCACUGAGUGCGGGAAAUGCUUUUCACAGAAGUGCAAGAAGUCCAACCUUUCCAGACAUUUGAAAUCCCACAGGGGUGAGAAACCGUAUUGCUGUCCUGAGUGUGGAAAUUGUUUUUCGAGGAGGGAAAGUCUGAUUAAACAUCAGAAAAUCCACACAAGGGAAAAACAAUUUGUUUUCCUGACCUGA